AUGUCUGAUUUAUUACAUCCAACAUUUUUCAAUAAUAGAAAAGAAUUAAUACCAGAACAAAAAGAAAAUGAAAUGUUAAAUAUGAUAUAUAAGAAGGCAGAAGAAAUAUUGUAUUUACAACAAGAUUGUAUUGACUCAAAAAAACACCAACUCCAAUAUAUUGAAAAACAGUUAGAAGAAAAUAAGUUAAAACAACAAGAAAUGAUUGAUUCAAUUAGAAAAAGUUUAGAAUGGCAAAGAAAAUCUAAUGAAAAUUUAGAGCUUAAAACCAAAUUAGGAGAUGCUGUAAGUUAUGAAAUUAAUCAAAAGAAACUCUUUAAAACAAAACUUGAAAUAAAAGAGAAAGACUUAAAUAAGGAAUAUCAAAAAUGUCAGUAUGAGAUAUUCAGAUGUAAUCAACGAUUGAUAAAACACUUUUGGAUUAUGAGAGAACUUAGUCUAACUUCUUUUAUUAAUUGUAAAAGAUCAUUAUAUACUGAGUCUAUAGAAAUUUUUUAUGAUAAAAUUUAUAUAGAACAAUCAAGUACUGAAAAUGAAAUGCCUGAUGAAUCUCAUAUACUUUGUUUUGAGAAAAGAUCAUUUGAAAUUGGUAAAUCAUCAAAUAAAAUUAGUCCUUCAAAAAAGGUGGAAGUAACUCAACCUUCAUUUCAAAAGAGAAAAUUUGAAGUUUCUCAUUCACCAUCAAAUAAAGCUUCUCUUCCAAAUCAAGUAAAACAAACAAAUAAAUCUAUUUGUCCUCCUCUUCCACCUAAAGCAGAAAGGUUUAAUCAAGAAAGAGAAUUGACACCAUUACAAAAAGAAAUUAUAAAAAAAAAUACUACUACUUUAGAUAAAAUUGUGAAUGUUUUUAGUGAAGACACUAUCCGUAAAGGAUUAAAAAUUUAUACUGAUGUCUCUAAACAAAUCAAUGACACAGGGGCAACUCCAUAUGUUAGAACAGUUACUCACACUAUUGGUAAAGUGACUGAUGUUGCGAAAGAAAUUCCUGUAAUUAGAAGAGUAGCAAAACCAUUACAUUAUUGUAUUAAAACAAUUGAAGGGGGUAGCAUUGCUUUGCAACAUGAGCAAGAUGUGAAUGAAUAUUUAGAUAAUUAUAUUGCUGAAUAUAGGAAGAUUGAAUCUGGAGGAGGUACUGCAUAUGCAAUCUCUCAAACAACAAUUAAGACAACAUGUAGUGUUUGUGAAAAUAUAUUAUUUCCAAUAUUUGUUCCAUUUUAUGAUUAA